UCCAUUACGUGUAAACAUCCUAGAACUCCUCACUCUCUAUCUCUCGCUCGAUUUUCCCCUUAGCUUUUCCUUCAUCAAAAUUAUCUUUCUUUUCUCAAUUCUCAGAAUUUCAAAAUUUAUUGUUCGUUAUAGAAAUUUUCUUCUGCACGGACAGGUGAUGAAUCACACCCUGUGAUCUCCAGAUUAUACAUGUGUAUAUAUUUAGAUAUAUAUAUGUAGUUAUAUUCUUGGAUUUUUGGGGUUUUGUCUGGAAUGAAAUGAAUAUUGUCAGAUUACAAGCUCCUUUUGAUGAAGACGCACGGUCCCUUGAUCGACUAAAAUUAUGCUGGCCAAUUUGCACUUUUUGGAAAUUCUGAGAGUUCCAUAGUUAUUGAAGCUCCGGAGUUUGACUUGAGUUAUUUCUACUCUUGCAUUCUAAAAUUUCUACGGCUUUUGGUUGCUGAAGUGUUGAUGACUGUUCACUCACCCGAUGAAUUCGGCUGGUUCAACAACUCAAGGGUUACUUCCGCCAGCAGGUUUUGGUGUUUAUGAUUCAUCAAUGGUUGGACCUUCUGGCACUUAUUUCCAACCAGAAUCAGAGUCAGAUGACAAUGGUGAAAUGGAGUUAUACUCUGUAUCGUGGAAUCAGGAUUAUGGUUGCUUUGCUGCAGGCACUAGUUGUGGUUUUCGUAUAUAUAAUUGUGAUCCUUUCAAGGAAACAUUCAGGCGUGAUCUGAAAAGUGGGGGAUUUAAGAUAGUGGAGAUGCUGUUUAGGUGCAAUAUUUUAGCACUUGUUGGUAGUAACAUUAAUACCCAAUACCCUCCAAAUAAAGUAAUUAUAUGGGAUGAUCAUCAGAGCCGGUGUAUUGGUGAAUUCUCAUUUAGGUCCGAGGUUCGUUCUGUUAAACUAAGACGGGAUUGUCUUGUUGUUAUUCUUGAGCACAAGAUAUAUGUUUAUAAUUUCAUGGAUCUGAAGCUUCUUCAUCAAAUAGAGACUUUGGCGAAUCCCAGGGGACUUUGUUACCUUUCGCACCACCUGAAUGCAUCUGUGUUGGCAUGCCCAGGCCUUCGACGAGGACAGGUCCGGGUCGAACAUUUUGGCCUGAAUAUGACAAAAUUAAUCAAUGCUCAUGAUUCUCAAAUUGCUUGCAUGACCUUGACGAUGGAUGGGCUUCUUCUGGCUACUGCCAGCAUCAGAGGCACUUUAAUAAGAAUUUUUAACACAAUGGAUGGAACUCAAUUACAAGAGGUACGCAGAGGGGCGGACAAAGCUGGCAUAUAUAGUAUUGCUCUAUCUCCAAACAUUCAGUGGUUGGCUGUGUCAAGUGACAAAGGUACUGUCCACAUAUUCAGUCUCAGAGUACGGGUGGUUGGAGAGGAUCGUUCAACUGAUUCUGCUGUCGUUAGAGGUCCGGCAUUAUGUCACCAGAAUUCUUCAAACUCUCUUGAUGCUCUAAUUUCCUCAAGCACCAGUUCUAAUCCCGGUUCAUCAUUAUCUUUCAUGAAAGGGGUUUUACCCAAAUAUUUCAGCUCAGAAUGGUCGUUUGCUCAGUUUCACUUACCAGAGUGUAUCCAAUUCAUCACAGCUUUUGGUUCUCAGAACACCCUCAUGAUCACAGGCUUGGAUGGAAGUUUUUACAGGUGCCGUUUUGAUCCCUUGAACGGAGGGAUGAUGGUGCAGCAAGAAUAUAUCCGGUUUCUGAAAACUGAAACCAGACCAGGAUAGGGUUAUACAUGUAUUGCAUGAGAUACAUGCCCUUCUUUACCAUGUAAAUACGUCAAGGGUUGUAUAUCUUAUAGCUAAUUCACUGUGUACUAUGUUUCGUUGAUGUGACUAUAUCCUCUGAACAUGAGCAAUGAAACUUUAGACCAAGAGCAUAACAAGACUGUAAAUGAUAUCCCUACUUGAAAACACUGUUGAUAAAAAUAUGCAGUUGUACUUUUCAUGAUA